AAAAGGUCUGGCCCUAGGCUAAUUGCUUGGGUCUGGAACUGUGUAUCCUCACUGUACCUUCAGCUCACUCUAACUCUUAAGGAAGUGCUCAAGUCACUCAAGACGACUGGCCAAUCAGAGUCUUAACUGGACCUGCCAGUCAGAAGAGAAGGCGGGCUUUUCCGGGUGCCUUGGUGUAGUAUUCGCGUAGUAGCUAAGCCUUCUUAAAUGGUCCUGGCUGCUGUCCUCUGUGUCCUGUGUUUGGAUUCUGUGAGGCAUGUUCAGGCAAGCUCCGAAGUUGCGACAUGGAUGCAUUGACCUAUGAUGAUGUACAUGUGAACUUCACUCGAGAAGAAUGGGCUUUGCUGGAUCCUUCACAGAAGAGUCUCUACAAAGAUGUGAUGCAGGAGACCUACAGGAACCUCACUGCUAUAGGUUACAAUUGGGAAGACCAUACUAUUGAAGAACAUUGUCAAAGUUUCAGAAGACAUGGAAGGUAAUUUUCAUGUGCAAGUUGGUAUGAAUAUGCCUCUGAAGAAAUGUUAGUAUGUCCUCGAACUUUUAAAGAAACGCAACAGUGUAAAAAAAAAAUACUUUAAGUGUAUUUAUUAUUAAAUUCUCACAAAUCCAUGUACCUCAGUGUCAGGUGUCUGACUUGUUUUUUGCAAGGCAUUCCUCUAAGAAAGAAGACAAAGAAACAAUGCCUUAGCCUUACCAUCGUAGCCACAUUACAGCUACUCUGUAUACCUGCCAAUCUGUUUAGUCUCAUAACACACACACACAUACACACACCCACCCAGACACACACACAGAGUAGGUGAUAAGUUUAUGUUUCUAACAGGCAAAUAUAUCAUAGUAAAGCUGAUUACUCAUAUAGUAACAUUGUUAAGUUUAAGUGAGAGGGACAGUCUAUGAGAGUCAAGAAUGUUGUUCAAGAGAAACCUUAAUUCUUUUUUUUUUUUUAACCUUAAUUCUUAUACCAUAUGACUAUGAUGAACAAAAAGUCAAACUGUGUGAAUGCAAUGUGGAAACAUUUCAUUUGUUAUUUUAAUAGCUAUAUCCUGUGUCACAAUGGAUACAAGCCGUGUGAGCACAAGGAUAUUGAAAGAAGCAAUGUCCCCCCCACCCCCAGAACAAUUAAGAUAUAUGUAGUAGUCCACAUUUGAGCAGACUUUCUCAGUGUGAUACAAGUUUAUAAUUAGUUGGUUUCCCAACUUCAUUGGGAAUAUAUCCAUAAACUCACCUAGCAGAAAAUCCCUAGGGAUACUAGGAUUGUGGAAAUCCCUUUCUGUUUGUCCUGGUUCACUUUGCUGAUGAGGUAUGCAAAUGUAGUAUAUUUGACAAUAAAGGAAACAUAUGAAUGUACUCAAUGUGGUAAAGCUCUGAGCUCUUCCAUUUCCCUCCAAAUAUAUGAGAAAUCUCAUAGAGAUAGAAGAUGGUACAAAUGUGAGCCAUGUAAUAACACUUUUACCAACCCAUAGUGAAUGGGAAACCAUGAGUGUAAACAAAGUGAUACAACCGUAAGAUGUGAUUCUUCUUUACAAUUAGACCAAAUUAUAGAAUUAAUUUCCAUUUAUUAUAUUCAUUAGUUUAAUGGUAAAGCUUUCACAUGUGCCAUCUAUCCAUCUUUGCAGGCAUGAAAGAUGUCAUGCUGGAGAGAAACUGUCUGAAAAUACUCAUUGUGGUAAAGCCUUUUCACAAAACAGUCAUCUCCAAACACAUAAAAGCACACAUACUAGAGAGCAACUCUAUAAAUGUAAGCAAUGUGGUAAAGCCUUUACAUGCCGUAAUGAACUUCAAAGUCAUAAAAGGAUUCAUACUGGAGAGAAAUCCUAUGAAUGCAAUCAGUGUGGUAAAGCCUUUAAAUCUCAUCGUUAUCUCCAAGUACAUAAAACAAUACAUACUGGAGAGAAGCCCUAUGUGUGUGAUCAGUGUGGCAAAGCCUUUGCACAUCGUCGUACUCUUAGAAGGCAUGAAAUAAUACAUACUGGAAGAAAAUCCUACAAAUGCAAUCAGUGUGGUAAAGCCUUUGCAUAUCAUAGUUAUCUCCAAGUACAUAAAAGAAUACAUACUGGAGAGAAGCCCUAUGAAUGUGAUUGGUGUGGUAAAGCCUUUGUACAUUAUAGUCAUCUCCAAGUACAUAAGAGAAUACAUACUGGAGAGAAGCCCUAUGAAUGUAAUCGAUGUGGUAAAGCCUUUGUACGUCAGAAUGAUCUUAAAAGGCAUGAAAGAAUUCAUACUGGAGAGAAACCCUACAAAUGUAAUGAAUGUGAGAAAGCCUUUGCACAUCACCAUAAUUUUCGAAUGCAUAAAAUGAUGCAUGCUGGAGAAAAACCCUACAAAUGCAAUCAAUGUGGUAAAGCCUUUUCACAAAACAGUCAUCUCCAAACACAUAAAAGCACACAUACUAGAGAGGAACUCUAUAAAUGUAAGCAAUGUGGUAAAGCCUUUACAUGCCGUAAUGAACUUCAAAGUCAUAAAAGGAUUCAUAUUGGAGAGAAAUCCUAUGAAUGCAAUCAGUGUGGUAAAGCCUUCAAAUCUCAUCGUUAUCUCCAAGUGCAUAAAACAAUACAUACUGGAGAGAAGCCCUAUGUGUGUGAUCAAUGUGGUAAAGCCUUUGCACAUGUUCGUAACCUUAGAAUGCAUAAAAUAAUACAUAAUGGAAGAAAAUCCUACAAAUGCAGUCAGUGUGGUAAAGCCUUUGCACAACUCAGUCAUCUCAAAACGCAUGGAAUAACACAUACUGGAGAGAAACCUUACAAAUGUGAUCAGUGUGGUAAAGCCUUUGCAUCUCAUAGUUAUCUCCAAGUACAUAAAACAAUACAUACUGGAGAGAAGCCCUAUGAAUGUGAUUGGUGUGGUAAAGCCUUUAUAUAUUGUAGUCAUCUCCAAGUACAUAAGAGAAUACAUACUGGAGAGAAGCCCUAUGAAUGUAAUCGAUGUGGUAAAGCCUUUGUACGUCAGAAUGAUCUUAAAAGGCAUGAAAGAAUUCAUACUGGAGAGAAACCCUACAAAUGUAAUGAAUGUGAGAAAGCCUUUGCACGUCACCAUAAUUUUCAAAUGCAUAAAAUGAUGCAUGCUGGAGAAAAACCCUACAAAUGCAAUCAAUGUGGUAAAGCCUUUUCACAAAACAGUCAUCUCCAAACACAUAAAAGCACACAUACUAGAGAGGAACUCUAUAAAUGUAAGCAAUGUGGUAAAGCCUUUACAUGCCGUAAUGAACUUCAAAGUCAUAAAAGGAUUCAUACUUGAGAGAAAUCCUAUAAAUGCAAUCAGUGUGGUAAAGCCUUCAAAUCUCAUCGUUAUGUUCAAGUACAUAAAACAAUACAUACUGGAGAGAAGCCCUAUGUGUGUCAUCAAUGUGGCAAAGCCUUUGCACAUCAUCGUACUCUUAGAAGGCAUGAAAUAAUACAUACUAGGAAAAAAACCUACAAAUGCAAUCAGUGUGGUAAAGCCUUUGCCCGACAGAGUCAUCUCGAAACGCAUGGAAUAACACAUACUGGAGAGAAACCUUACGAAUGUGAUCAAUGUGGUAAAGCCUUUGCACAUCCUCGUUAUCUCCAAGUACAUAAAAGAAUACAUACUGGAGUGAAACCUUACGAAUGUAAGCAAUGUGGUAAAGCCUUUGUAGGUCAGAAUGUCCUUAAAAGGCAUGAAAGAAUUCAUACUGGAGAGAAACCUUACGAAUGUAAUGAAUGUGGUAAAGCCUUUUCACAAUCAAGCCAACUCCAACUACAUAAAAGAACACAUACAUACUAAAGAGUAACCCUAUGAAUGUAACCAAUGUAGUAAACCCUUUACUGUGAUCUUCAAAGGUAUGGUGGUUUAAAUAUACUUGGCCCAUGGCAAGUGGCAGUGUUAGGAGGUAUGGCCUUUUUGGAGUAGAUGUGGCCUUUGAGGAAGUAUGUCACUGGGGCAGGGGCUUUGAGACCCCGUGCUUAAACUCUGCCCAGGGCAGAAGAGUCUUCUGGCUGCCUUCUGAUCAAGAUGUAGAACUGUCCUCCAGCACCAUGUCUGCUUGGACACGGACAUUUCUUCCACCUUGAUAAUAGACUGAACCUCUAAAUCUGUAUACCUCCCCUCCCCACAAUUAAAUGUCCUUUCUAAGA